UCUACGGCUCUCUAAAGGUUGAGGAGGACACCCCAAACCAUGAACACCCGGACAGUAGUUACUGCGGGGUUGUGACGUCACGGGCGCACCGCCGCCCCUGCAGUGUGUCAGUGAUUUUAGUAACUAAAGCGCUCGAGGACGCGACGGCCCAUCGACACACCACUUUCACGAUCGGAACCCACCGGACACCAGAAGAAAACUGGGAACACGCGAAAACGUUUUGGGAGUUGUGAUGCACGCCGAUCUCUCGCUGGCUCGCGCGCAUCUGCUGCUGUAGCGUCGGUCUCGCGCUGGAUAGCGAUCGCUGCGACUGUUGGAUGUAAAACAGACAAACAAGCCCAAGCAUCUCGGCCGAGCACGAAUGCAUCAUAUUUAGCGGUCGGAGCGUCAUUGCCUGGGUGGAGUUGCAGUGCAUCGCUCAAUUAUGCAUGAAGAAGCGGCAUCGGCUAGCGCCCUAGCAGCGCGAGCUAACCACUGUCCCGUGUUAUGACAGUGAUCUGCAUGCCUACAGCGUUUGAUCAGCACGCGUGGCGCUCCGGCGCGUUUGACUUUGAUGCUGGUGCUAGACGCGAUGGUCUCCGGUAGAAAUUCACUUUUGCCCGUCAUUUCAUUGACACGGCAAACGGUUAGCCAGGACAGGCCUAGCUAGCCACCGUGUUCAUUAGUAAGAAAAAAAAAAAUCAGUUCACUGGAUUAGAAACAGCAUGCAAACCCUCAGUUUUUUUUACAGGGUGCAUCCAGUGAGCGAUUAAUAUACAGUGUGUUAUAGAUGCACAGCGAGUUAAUAGCCGGGUUACUGCCAACUUGACAGGUUUUUAUAAUAUCUGGAAAAAAAAAGUGGCAGGCGCGCGCGUCUCACAAUGCAUUUUCUCAAGGCAACUUCGGAUUGUGUCACUGGAGCAAACGCUUGUAUAACAGAGGCACUGCCUCCGGUUAGCUAGCUCUCCGUGACUUUGUGAUGUGACAACAUGCCAGAUCUUGAGUGGAUCUCUAAAUAAGCAGCCAGCUUUAGCGAUUGUAGCUAGAUUCCCGCUGGGAAGAGAGGGGAUGCCCUAAACGCUCCAAACAUGUCCAGCAAAGCUUCGGGCAAAGAGAAGAAGUCCGGCUUCAGCAAGAAGCUGUUCCGCCGGGGCUCGGUGCGCUCCGUGGGGAGCUUCAUGAGCAGAGUCCUGAAGACCCUCUCCACGCUCUCUCAUUUCGGAUCGGAGCUGCACGCGCCCGAGGGCGACAAGGACGAUGGGGGGUUCACGGCCUUCAAGAAAGAGGGCAAGGGAUCCGUUGCGUCGGAUGACAGCGACUGCGGGGGGUUUCUCGCCGGGGACAAAAUCCCCGGGGUGGCCGGUUUGAAGAACCACGGCAAUACGUGCUUCAUGAACGCUAUUCUGCAGUGCCUGAGCAACACGGAGCUGUUCGCCGAGUAUCUGGCGCUGGAGCAGUACCGAGGCGACCAGACGGACGACGAGAAGCCCAAGACCAACGGGGUCGUGCAGAGGAAGGGCGCUCCGGACAGAGGAGAGGUGACCGAGCAGCUGUCGGGGCUGGUCCGAGCCCUGUGGACCUUUGAGUACACGCCGCAGCACAGCCGAGACUUCAAAAAUGCUGUGGCCAGGAGUGCCCUUCAGUACCGAGGAAAUGCCCAACACGAUGCCCAGGAGUUCCUUCUCUGGCUCCUGGACCGUGUCCAUGAAGACCUCAACCAUCUUGUGCACCCUAACAUCAGAGCCUCUAUAAAGCCUCCAACUGAGGAAGACGGUGGAGUGUUAGAGGGACCUUCACCUCCUCUUUCAGCUGGCUCCUUUGUUCAAGAGCUGUUUCAAGCUCAGUACAGAUCCUCACUUACCUGUCCGCACUGUCAGAAACAGAGCAACACUUUUGAUCCUUUUCUUUGCAUCUCACUCCCAAUACCAUUACCUCAUACACGGCCUCUGUAUGUGACUGUGGUUUAUCAAGGCAAGUACUCUCACUGCAUGAGGAUCGGUGUGGCCGUACCACUCAACAGCACUGUGUCCAGACUGAGAGAGGCCGUGUCACGUGAGACCAAGAUCCCACCAGACCAGUUUGUCCUGACUGAAAUGUAUUACGACGGUUUCCACCGCUCCUUUUGUGACGAUGACGACGAUCUUGAUAUCAUUCAAGAAAGUGACUCAGUCUUUGCUUUUGAAACCCCUGAGACUUUUAGAUUAGAAAACAUUCGCUCUAAAAGAGGGAGCCUUCUUGCUAAUCUGAAUCAGAACAAUUUGAAAUCUGGAGUGGAGAGCAGCCGAACGCCGUCUUUCAUGCAGGGUGCGCUGAAUCCAGCAUCUCCCAACAAAAACACUGGCUGUGAGAAAAUGAUUCUGCUGAUCUGUAACCGAGCCUGCACUGGCCAUCAAGGACGGAGGUUCGGUCUUCCGUUUGUACUGUAUCUAGAGCGCACUGUGACGUGGGAUGUGUUACAGAAAGAAAUUCUGGAGAAAAUGCGUCACCUCCUAAGGCCAGGGGUUUACAUUCAGGUUGGACCCUUUAGUCUGCGUGUGGUCGGAGUAGUUGGAAUCACAUAUUUGUUGCCACAGGAGGAACAGCCACUAUGUCACCCCACUGUGGAAAGAGCAUAUAAAUCCUGUGGGCCCGGUGGACCUCCUCAUGUUAAGAUUGUAGUGGAGUGGGACAAAGAGACCAAGGAAUAUUUGUUUGGACACACUGAGGAAGAGUACAUCCCUGAUGCUGAGAGUGUGUAUCUGCACAGAGAGCAGCACCAUCAGCCGCAGGCCUGCACCCUCGCUCAGUGCUUCCAGCUCUACACCAAAGAGGAGCAGUUGGCCCCAGAUGAUGCUUGGCGCUGCCCCCAUUGCAGGCAACUGCAACAGGGGCAGAUCAAACUCAGCCUGUGGACCCUGCCGGAUGUUCUCAUACUGCACCUCAAGAGGUUUAGACAGGAAGGGGACAGGAGGGUAAAAAUGCAAAACAUGGUCCGAUUUCCUUUGAUUGGCAUGGAUAUGGCGCCUCAUGUGGUGAAGAGAAGCCAGAGCAGCUGGAGCUUACCCUCUCACUGGUCCCCAUGGAGGCGACCUUACGGACUUGGCCGUAACCCAGAUGAUUACCUUUAUGACCUCUAUGCUGUGUGUAACCAUCAUGGCAACAUGCAUGGAGGGCAUUACACAGCAUACUGUAAGAACUCCGUUGAUGGGCAAUGGUAUUGCUUCGAUGACAGUGAGGUUCAGCCUGUAGCUGACGAGGAUGUCUGUCAGCAAACCGCAUACAUUCUGUUCUAUCAAAGGAGGACAACUAUUCCCUCGUGGUCGGCAAACAGCUCUGUCGCAGGCUCCACCAGCUCAUCUUUAUGUGAACACUGGGUUAACCGGCUUCAGGGCAGCAGGCCGCCGAGCCUGGCCUCCGGAGCCUCCUCGAGACGCACAUCUCUGAUCUCUUUGGCAGAGUCAGUGGAGUUUCCCGUUGAUCGCAGUGAAGAUGAUGCGCUUACUAACACAGGAUCUCCCGCCUUGCUCAGAGGAUUUUCAACACGGCCCUUCGUGAGGAGCAUCCAGCGGCAGAGCUUGUCCUCUAGAUCGUCGGUUACCAGCCCUCUGGCUUUCAGUGAAAACGGGUCGAAACCUUCCUGGUCCCUGUCACAGAAACUACAAAUGAGAUCCAACUCACCCUCGCGAUUCUCUUUGGACUCGCGCUCCUCCCCUCCUCUCGAGAGGAUAGGUGAAACUUGUGACGACAAAGUGUCCACGUCUUGCUUCGGCGGUUACAGCAGACAUGAGCGUCAGCCCAGCAGUAAGGCCCCACUGGCCAUGAUGGAGGGAAAUGGCAGUGAUGAAGGCAGUGGGAAACGGAUCCUAGACGAGGCCUAUUGCAGAGCUCCGACACAGUCCGACAGGAAGAGCUCUAAAGGUGAGCCCAUUGACAACAACAACCAGAUUAAUGCUGUGGACCAGAAUGCUCUUGGAACGCUCACCAAAGAGCAGAAACAUAAGAGCUCCGGGUCAGUGAAGAAAGCAGAUGAGAAGAGCUCCAGCAAGAAGAGCUCCACCAAAGCCAAGGGGGACCAAGAGAAGCCCUCCAAGAAGCGCCAGAGCACCUCUUCUGUCACCAAGUCUCCAUCCUCCCAAGUGUCUUCCAGCCCUCAAGUGAAGGGCACCAAAGCGACCAAUCUAAAAGAGAAGAGCGAUUCUCCCAAGAGUACCAAGGGUACACCUUCAGGAACGCCCUCCAGAAGGAAAGAGUCUUUGCAGGCACAGGAGUCUCCAGGGUCUGGAGUCACAAAGGGGAAGCCGUCCCUUACUUCAACACCCCAAUCGUCUGCCUCUCCCUCGCCCACAUCCAAAAAGAGUUCCUCGGUGGCUGAGAGGAACUCAGUGUCUGGCAAGAAGAAGCUGGUGGAGAGAGGCUCCAGCAAGGAUUUGGCGCACACCAGUCCUCUGGCAGAGAAGUCUAGAGUCAGUGCCACCCUGCGAACAUCCCAACCUAAAAUUGCAGAGGUGGGCCGGCCCGAAAGGAGGCCGGUGAGAAGCUCUAGCAGUAGCUCCUCAGUCACCAGCCUGCGCUCCCCAAGCGUCUCCUCGAGAGACCUCCGCCGCAGCAGCAAAUCCGAAGACAAGGGACUCUCAUUCUUUAAGAGCGCACUUCGGCAGAAAGAGAAUCGGCGGUCAGCUGAAUUGGGUAAGACCACUAUUCUCGCCAAGAAGGCUGUCGAGAGGACUGCCAAGUCCAGCAGCCAGUGCAGACUCGAUGCUGAAGAGGGCGAAGGCUCCGGGAACUCUUCCCAGCAGGUCUCUCCAGAGCCGCGCUCCUGCAAGGCUGCCGCCAAUGAGAAAGAGUCCUCGAAGACCUCCACCCCCAACAAACGCUCUCUCUUACAAGUGGGCAAGUCCAAGUCUUCCAAUUCUGAGACUAGUCUUCAGUCUCCCAUCAAUGGGAAGAGGCAUCUUGAAAAGAUCUCAUCCUCUAAAAAGCUUUCUUCCAGCAUGCAAUCCUCUGCACGUCCAACACAGACGCCUCAAUGAAAUUUUAAAAGCAGUUCCAUUAUUUUCUGUAAUGCAGCUAUUUUUUGAUGUGCCUAAGAAGAAUAUAAAGUAUAUAGUAUAUACCUGCAUUUUACUUUUCUCAAAGAAAAUAUGUUUUAAAAAAAUAUCAGAAAGCGCCUUUCUAUCCUGUCAUGGAACCAAAUCGGUGCCUCUGGCAAGGUAUGGUAUAUGAAUCUACUACUGUUCAUGACUCUGAAUAGGAAUGUUUUAACUUAGCACUUUGUAUAUAUUUUUUCUCCCUUGAAUAAUGCUUAGAUGUAAUGGAUACUAUGUACAAUACUUUUUAACUUGGUACCGUUCCUUUCUAUUUGGACAAGUCACUUAGGAUGAAAUUAGAUUCUUGCUGUAUUCCUUGGAGUACUGUACCUAUUCACUCCACAUCUACACUUGGUGCUAUUUACAGUCCAGUGUUCCCCUGGCACUGAUACAGCAUGAGAUUGAGAAGAGUUACAUCACGAAACCUGGCCGAAUUUGCGACCGAAGACUUAAUGGGGAUCUGCAGUCAGAACAAUCUCUUUGGUACCUCUCAAAGCCUGCUCUCCUACCCCAACUUUUUUUCUUUUGUACUCGAGAGCGUUUACAAGUGUUCCAGUAGCAUUACUGCCCUUAAUUAAUGAAUUAAUAAUUAUGCGCAACAAUGCCAACUACAGGCCGAUAGCUGAAUUGCUGCUGUAUGAUUGAGAUCUUUUGAAUGGUAAAUUAGUAGAGGACAAUCUUUAAAUGAACAAUAUUUUGUUUAUUCCAGCAAAACGCUGUGUGAUAUACUUAUCUGGAUAUUAAUGGAGGCAGUGUAAGCCCUGCAUGAAUUUGUUUUGUAUAUCUUUGUUUUUACAAUGAAAGUUUAAAAGCCACAUAAUCAUACUUGAACCAUUUCAUGCCCACCAAAUCCAAUGGCAACAUAUAUGAGCGGUUUUCGUUUGGCUUGCUCUGAGCUGGGGUUAAACCCUUGCGCAGUGGUUUUUAUCUCCCAUAUUUAUCUGUGGACAACCAGUGCAAUAGUUUAACACUUUGUAGGAGAACAGAUAUAUGAUCUUCUGUAUUUGGUUAAUGUUGUUGUUUUAGACACAAAUUAUUAUAAAUAUCAAUACUGAAUACAAAAUGUAUUUUCUGGACUGUAAUGGCUCACCACAAUAGCGGGUUUAAUUUUUGUUUUUUUUGUGCCAAAAAAAGAAAAGGCCUUUAUUUUGCGUACUUGUUAACACUAUCAACUUCACCUAAAUAUAUUUUCUUCUUGAUUUAGCUCAGAUACGUUUAUUUGGACUAAAUCAAAAUGUUAUGUAUGACAGCAGAAAUGUAAGGUUAAGCAAGUCAUUAUUGUUACAUUUGCAUAAUGGUGUCAUUACGUCGGCCGCUGUUCAGCUUGCUGCCCUGUAAUUAAAACAUUAAUCCAAGCGCUGCUGACUCCAUUGUUGAACAGUUCUCAUUUUCAUGCUGCUUUUCGGUCUCAGAAACCCAUCUCUUUCAGUACACUUUACCUUAAAAUAGAUAAUUCAGUAAUCAACCUAAUGUGUAGCACGCUUCAUUUUUUUUUUUUUUUUUUUUUUGCGACAGGCCCAUAUUGUGUGUGCACUGAAAAAGUAUUUGUAAAAAGCAGUAUUGCAUGAUUACAUUUAUGCAUGCACUUAACUAUGCAAGUAACUGUUGCUAAACAAGACGAGUCUAGAUAUUAAUGUCGGAUUUUUUUUUUAAACCGAGCAUGAAUUGUUUCCAUUUUCUUGCUGUUUUGCACACUUGUCCAACUUUAAAUUUGUUAAAUAUUGCGAUAUGAGAACAUAUGAUUAAAGCUAAUAAUUUAUGUAUUCCAGAAUUAGCAAUUGGCAUUGUAUUUUCCCAUCUUUUUUAUUAUUAAAACUAUUAUUUUAAUUCAUUAGCUGUUUUUUAGCGCAAUACCUCCCUAUUUCCAUGUGAUAAAUUUAGUUUUUAUAUUUUUGUCACAGCAUAUUUUGGUUUUUCACAUUUCGCUGGCGUGAUGUGGUCUGCUCAUGCUUUCACAUGUAGUAUGUAGGGAAUGUUGUAUCUUAUAUCAGCUAUGUAACUUUAUCAUCAGCAUUCAAUCAGUGCACACAAGUCCUGCAUCGCUUGCAAUGCUGAUACACUAAACACUUAAUUCACUUUGUUUUUCAUGUCAUUCCAUGUUUUAAGUUGUGAAGCUCUUGGACCAUGAAUUCAUAGAAGAGCUAUUACCCUCUCAAUAGUCUCACUGCAUAUGGGAUGUUUUCAAUGGCUCAAGUGCUAAUUUGACAUGGUCUUAUCAACUGUUUGGAUAGGACAGAUGAUUUUAUCAUAACAAAGCUGUAUCAGUCUUAUGGAAUAAUAUGCGUGCUCUUGGUUUACACACUGGACUUGAAUGAUUUCUCUUGACCCAGAGCAGUUUUCAUGUAUUGUUCAUGAACUGGAACAUGCUUUGGUUGGCUAAUAACUGGGCUGUUAUUUUACUAUAUGAACAACAGUCUAGGUCAACCAAAAGAGGAAAAUAAUAUUUGGUUCAAAAAAGAAAAACCAUGUAAACGUUUGGUUGCAUGAGACUGCAUCAAAUGCUUUUUGUUAAUUUAUUUGUAUGUUUAAUGUGUAUGCACUUUUUUGUUUUGUUUUAUAUGAUUAUUUUUUUAUUAUUAUUUUUAAUGUAUUUCUUUGAAGAAUUAUUUGUCUUCAUAACAUUGUCUCCCAAAUGUAUGUUGGCGGUUGAAUUAUGAUUAAAAAAUAGACCUGCAUUAGAGGUCCAACCU